AUGUCUCACGAAGAGAGACUACUCCGCAAAUACUGUCCACCACUCGAGGAGUCACUGUUCAUUGCCAUUGCUAGUGACUACGAUUUACGGAAUGAAGAACAAGUGAACCAGCUUGACCAAUUACUGGCCGACCUGAAAGAGCAGGCAGUUGUCGAACAGGAAUUAGAGCUAGCACCAUCGUUACAGCAAGAGACCUCGGCGGUCGCUGGAACACAAACACAUAGUCGUACAGCCUCUAGCAAUCAGAGGGCCAGUACAACCGACCUAGAAGACACGAUCGCUAGUGUUACUUCUGGAAUAUCUGACUUACAUCCUUGUCCCAAAGAAUUGGACAUCAGCCAUGUCGAGGGCAAAUAUACUGAGUUGCCCUACGGUUUGGAAGGUGGCUCGACCAUUGAUAAACAGAACUGGUUGAAGGACUUGUUCCCGACCAUCGAAACUAUACAGAUAGUGGAGACUCUUGCUAGGUGCAACGGUGACAUCCAACGAAGUAUUGACGAGCUGCUCAAUCUAUCAUUCUUUCACGACGAUGCAGAUCGAAACUAUGUUCCGCCCUCUGUCCCGAAAGGCGUUGAAGGGUUUGCGGGAGAUGGGAAGGUUAAGAAGUCCAAAGGCAAGAAGACUCGCCGGAACCAGGAAACCGAUAUAGGCUAUCUAUCAGACGGCGCGCAUUCAUCAGGCGCUACGACUCCGAGCAAUAUCUGGCGAAGUGCUGCUGAAGAUGUUGAAUUCAUCGUUUCAAGGACACAUCUGCCAAUGGCCUUUGUCAGAUCCGUUUACCACCAGAACAAUGCCAAUAUAGCGCAGACAAUCAGAGCGUUGAUCACUCAAGAAGUGGAAUCCCAUGCAUCACAAAUCAAAGGUGAUGAGCUGCUUGAGCUGCAGGUGGCCGAGUUACGAUUCGAACUGGAUGCAGUUCCUGAAAAACAAAUAUAUGGCGCUCUCCUGCUCGCGCGAAUGAUACCAUCGGCAGCAAAGGAUCUACUGGAUGUCACUCUAAAGCGUCCCAUGGAAAGUCAAACAGGCAAAUUAGUAGCACAAUAUACUCCUCUAAACUUAUCUGAGGACGAGGCUCCGAAGAGGACGGCCAGGCUUUCCACCGUGCCCGGAGAUCCUGCUUUGCUGGCAGGUAAGGCUGGUGUGCACUCUGUACAGGCCAGUAAAGCUUUCUCACAAGCCUCCGCAGCAUAUCGACGUGGAAAAUCGGAUCACCUCAUGGGAGCAGCCGCGGCAUAUUACGCAGAGAUUGGCCACGAACAACGAAAACGACAUAAGGAGCUCAUCGCGUCAGCCGCAGACUCACUGGUAGGUCAACAAUCAACAGCGAACAGUCUCGAUUUGCAUGGCGUUAGUGUCGAACAUGCUGUCAGAAUAGCAAGAAACAGUGUCGAGAAUUGGUGGGAAAGACUUGGAGAUAGAAAAUAUAUCGUUGGCGGAGUCGGUGACGGGUACAAGAUCAUCGUGGGUCUUGGAACGCAUAGUGCUCAAGGCAUAGGUAGGAUCGGACCUGCUGUAAGCAAGAUGUUGAUCAGGGAGGGCUGGAAAGUGAAUAUUCAAAGAGGAGAGGUCUUCGUCGAGGGAAGAUCGCGCCGAUAG